AUGCCGGCACAAGACCAAGCCGAUCACACACGCACUACUGCGGAGGACCCCGAUCCGAUUGGGUUCACGCGGCCGUUCUUAUGGAGCCUAGCCACCGCUCUUCUCCCGCUCUCGGCCUCUGCCCAAGGCGCCGCAGGGCCCAUAUCCUCUUGCCUCAACCAAAAUGACCCGAGCCUCCCACUCCCAGCACGCACAAUCUUCCAGUUCGGACCAGGAAACGAUGCGACAUUCUUCGAGAAUAUCGCCUCCCGCGCUAACGGGGACAUCCUCGUCACCAUGGCCGUCCCGCAAGCCAACAUCUUCGCCAUCCAGAACCCGAUGACCUCGUGCCCGACAAUGACGCCGGUCUUCCAGAUCCCCGGCAGCAACGGCACCCACGGCAUCACAGAGAUCGCAAACAGGCCGGACGUCUUCGCUGUGAUAGCCGGCAACAUCAGCCUGAGCGGCAACCCGGCCAACGGCGUGCUGGGGAGCAACUCGGUGUGGGAGCUCGACCUGCGUUCGAGCGGCUCCGCGCCGGCGACCGGGCCCGUCGGCGGCAUCAACCCGGACCCGAGCUGCCCCGCGGCGCUGCCGCUGGACGUCACGGCGCGCAAGAUCGCCGACUUCACCAUGGCGCCGCGGCUCAACGGCGCGGCGUCGGUGCCGGGCACGUCGGCGGUCCUCGUCGGCGACAGCCAGCUGGGCGUGGCGUUCCGGCUCGACACGGCCACGGGCGCCAUCACCACGGCGCUCGACUUCCCCGAGAUGAAGCCCGUCCCCGGCGCGGGCAGCGCCGACGACGCGCUGGGGCUCAACGGCAUGAAGAUCCGCGCCGGGUUCCUGUACUUCACGACCGCGGCGUCGCGGACUGUCUACCGCGUUGCCAUCCUGCCGGACGGCAGCGGGCCCGCGCCCGGCGCCGCCGUGGAGACGAUCGCCGCUGUUCCUAGCGCGAGCUGGAUGGAUGACAUCGACGUCCGCGAUGACGGCAGCCUGUGGGUCACGACUAACACUGGGAACACGCUGCUGGCGCUGCAGCCUGGCGCUGCGAACGGGACGGCGGCUGGGGCUGGGCGUGCGCAGUUCAGUGCGCCGGUGGUGGCGCUUGGGGCGGUGAAUGCGACGACGGUGGCGGGUGCCGCGUCUGUGGUCUUUGGGCGCGGUAGUGUGAGCAGUAAAACGGGGUUUGUUGUGACUGGGUCGGGGGAUGAGCCGGCAAAAGUGGUGGCUGUCGAUACUGCGGCGUGUAGGACCCAGUAG